AUGCUAAAUGCAGAGAUUUUUAUUGCAAACAUAUAAAAAAUCCGACCUCUUAAACGGAUUGAGAUUGAUAAAAAAAUGGAAAAUUAUACUUUUAUCUCUUAGGAACAUGUUAAAAUAAGUUUACAGCCUGUGCUGAUAUCCCUGCUUAAAGUUGAUAUGAGAAGGUAAAUCAAAACUGUUGCUUAAUUUAGUUACAUUUUAAGAACAACUUGUAAUUUUCAAGAAAAAUGUCAUCUUUAUAGUACAUUAACAGAUGAAACAAAUAAACUUACAUAUAUUUCGGUAAUAAUUGUGUCAUAUUGGAUAAAUGUGAAAGUUAUAAUGGAACAUUCCCCCUGCAUUAGGACCUGCAGAAGGUUCAUAAGAGACAGAAUGUAAAACAGUUAAAUCAUCCAAUGGCUAUGCAUACAUUAUGGACGCUACAAAAAAUGCAGAGCAUAAGUUUGUGCUGAUGAUGAUGCAAGUGCAAAAGAUUUUAUUAAUAAUUUUCUCUAUUAUUCCAAUAAAUGCUUAACUAAGGAUAGUUGAGCAGAUUAUAUGAAAUAAGGUUAUGAUGAUGAAGUUAAAUAAAUAUAUGGUAUGAAGGAGUCUAGAAUGAUAUAGGAGAUUUUUGUGCUUAGAAUUCAUCUAAUUUCAUAUGUAGAGAUAGAUCAUGUUAGUGUAAGGCAUUUUAUGAAGAUUUAAUUGUUUAAGUUAUCUUAAAUCUUGUAGAACGAAUGGAACUAUAUGUGUUUCAUAUAAAGAAUGUACUUCAAACAAUGGAUUAGUUGAUUUUUGCAAUGCCUUAUCUGAUUCAACAGGAAAAGAUAGAUGUAGACCUAUUGUAACUGCUAUUCUUACAUCAAUUAGAACAAGUUAUGACAAAGUUAAAGCCACAACUUAUUCUGAAUGUGAUACUUAUUUAAGUGUAAGUGUCACUCGUGGUGCAGGAUGUAUUCAAAAUUCAGAACCAAGCACAUCAUACAGAGGAACUAAACAAUAAUGUGAAUUAUUUAAAAAAACAUACUGGAUUAGAUGAUAAGAAAAAUUCUACUUAUGAAUAUUGUCUUUGAGAUGCUGGAAAUAUUGCCACAAGUAAAUGUAAAGUAAGAACUUGUGCAUAUUAUAUUAUUGCUACUGCAGAUGUUGAAUAUGUUAUUUUUAUGAAAGAAUGUAUUAAAAAAUGUAUAGGAUGUGUGGAAGCAUCUUCAUUUUGAACUGCAUUGAAGGGAGAUUAAGAAACUUGUGCUUAAUUCUUGGGCACUUCGGGUAGAGAUUAUUUUUGGAAUACUUCAACUGCAUUGGUUAAAGCCAAUUGCACUAAAAAUAAAUGCAGCGAUAUCUCAGGAAAAAACAAUAAAUAAUGUAUUGAUGGCAUGCCACCUUUUAAAACUACUGAUGAUCCUUUUUGUAUUUUUGAUGGAACUUCAUAUAUUAUUUAUGGAAAGAAUUAUAAUGCAUUCAAUCGAACUGAAGAGACAUGCCCUACUUCUUUAGGUAGAGAUUGUUCAUGUAAAGCUACAACUGUAAAGGAUCAUGUGCUAAGAGAUUAUGUACAGAAGCACCAAAUCCUCUUAUAACUGAUGCUGAUUGUUAGAAAUAUCAUUAAGAUUCUUACACAACUGGUUAUGGAUGCACAAGUACUAAAUCAAGUUUCAAUUUAACAUCAUAAGUUGCUUGUAAAUUAAUUAAAUUUAUAAAUCAGAUUUUGGAGAGAGGGAAAUAUUUAAAUAUUUGCCAAAAAUGUAUGAUUUGA